GUGUGGCGCUUGCGCGCAGUGUGUGGCUAUGAUGGUCGAUCGAGACGAGGUGGAUAUGUCUCGUGUGCCAGUUUUAGUGAUCCUGGGUGCCACGGGUUCCGGAAAAUCGCGGCUGGGUAUCGAAUUGGCGCGCCGUUUCUCCGGGGAAAUCAUCUCGGCCGACAGUAUGCAGGUGUACAAGGGCCUGGAUAUCGUUACCGCGAAGGUGACCCCGGCGGAGAAACAAAUGGCGCCGCACCACUUGCUGGACGUGGUGGACCCGCUCACCGAUUUCACCGUCAUACAAUUCAGAGAGAUGGCCCAACCGAUCAUAAACAACCUGCUGGCCAAGAAGAAACUGCCCAUCGUGGUCGGUGGUACGAACUAUUACAUAGAAUCGCUGCUAUGGGAUAUCCUGAUAGCCACUCCAAAGAAUCUGUUGGCGCGAGCCGACUCAAGCGCGACCAAUCCGAGCGCGUCGAUCGAGGAUAGAUCGGACAAUCGAUACAGCGUGCAAAUCGAUCGGCAGAACGACGAAGACGAUGACGACGACGACGACGACGAUGACGACGGCGACGAGGCAGCGCCGAAGAAGAAGUGCAAAUUCGACGUGAGAUUGCGAACAGAGUUGAGCGAACAGAGCAACGAGGAGCUCUACCAGAAACUCAUGGAGCUUGAUCCUGAGAGAGCGCGCACUUUGCAUCCUAACGACAGGCGGAAAAUCACGAGAUCCUUGGAGAUUUUCUACCAGCACGGGAAAACGCACUCCGAACUGCUGAAAGCGCAGCACGCCACCAGCGGCUGCGCGUUAAGCGGGCCCCUGAAGUACACGAACUCGGUAAUCCUGUGGCUACGUUGCAACGAGAAUGUCCGCACCAAGAGGCUGAACGACCGAGUGGACAGCAUGCUGGAGGCCGGCCUGAUGCAGGAAUUACUCGACUUUCAUCGCAGAUACAAUGAGGAGCGGAUUAAGUCCAUCGAGUCACCCGAUUACACGAAAGGCAUCUUCCAGAGCAUCGGCUUCAAGGAGUUUCACGCUUACUUCAUGUUGCCCGAGGAGAAGCGCGCGAGCGAACAGGGAAAGAAAUUGCUACAGCAAGGGAUUGACGACUUGAAACUCGUCACUAGGAGGUACGCGAGGAGACAGGACAAAUGGGUGAUGAACCGACUGAUUCGCCGGAGUGACCGACAAGUUCCUCCUGUUUAUUCUUUAGAUUGCACCGACGUGACGAACUGGGACAGCUGCGUCUUAGAACCGUCGGUGGCGAUCAUUUCCGCAAUAAUGCGCGGUGAGAAACCCGAACAGCGACCGUUGGUGCACGAGGUUAUCGAGGACCAAAAGUACGGCGAUUAUAAUGAAAUAGAACACAAUUUUUGCGAGGAAUGCAAGAAAGUGUUCGUCCGCAAGACUCAGUGGGAGCUACACAUAAAUGGCUUGAAACACAUGAGAGUCUUGAAAAAGAAGCAAAGAGAGGCGCAAAUGGCGCAGAAAACUCAAUCGACGGAGAUAAAAACCCAAAAAGAAAUUUCUUUGACCAGGUCGUGACAGACGGUUUCUUUAUAAAUGACAAAACGCGAACGCAUUCGUCCUUGCGUUGCAGAAGGCUAUUGAAACUGUAAUCGUAUAACAUUACAUAUUUUGUCAAUGACUGUGUUAGUGUGAAUAUCUUCGCGGAAAUAAACCUGUAUUUUCCUUUUGUAAUUCAACGAGUCCUCAUUAUUAAUUUAUUAUUCAUUUUAUUCAUUUUAUUAUUUAUUUUAUUAUCCAGGUAGAUAUCGACGGCUGUUAACAGCUUAAUAGCUGUUAACAAAAAGGAUCUCCCACGACUUAGUGCCUGCUAAGUUACCCUCUGAGUUAACUUACCACGGGGUUGGCGGUACGGACAUUAGUAAAUCGCGCACUUUGUUUUAAAUAUCGACGAGAUAUUAUUGAGAGAGAGAUUUGACUAUAAAUAUUAUAUAUUAUUAUUAAAUAUAUAUUAAAUAUGAAAUCGA